AUGGACGACGACGACGACGAUCUCUACGGGCCCUCGGAGCCCCAGCAGCCCGGGGCCGCAGAGGCGCCCACGGCCGCCGACGCUGACGGCGACGACAGCGCCGACGAGCCCAUGGAGGAGGAGUCGGCCGACGACGACGACGACGACGACGACAGCGACGACAGCGACUCGGACCUCGAGAUCAUCAUCGACAAGCCCGCCGUCGCGCCCAAGCCUGCCCAGCAGCAGCAGCAGCAGCCCCAGGAGUCCAAGGCGAUAAAGAUCGAGGCGCCGCCCCAGGCCGCGACCGCGCCCUCGCAGGCUGCCCGCACCGCAGCGCCCCAGCACCCGACCCAGCCCGGCACCGCGUACCCCGCCAUACGAUCGUCCACGGUCGACGUGAACGGCGACCCCGUCUACCCGCCCGUAGGCAAGCCCAUCACCCAGGUCGUCAUGGACGCAGACCUGGCCGAGGAGACAAAGCCCUGGCGCCUGCCCGGCGCCGACCAGUCCGACUACUUCAACUACGGCUUCGACGAGUUCAACUGGGAACAGUACCGUCUCAAGCAGCAGACCAUGACCGACACGCUGGCCGAACAACAGAAACAGCAGGCGGCCAUGAUAGCCAUGAUGAGCGGCAUGCCUGGUCCCGGAGGACCAGCACCGACCGCCCCAGCCGGCAUACCUGGCAUGCCUGGUGAGGCUGAGAUGAUGCAGAUGAUGCAGCAGAUGGCCGCUUCAGGCAUGGACCCCAACAGCAUGGACUUCAACCAGAUGAUGAUGCAAAUGUCCAACGGCGGAGGCAUGGGUGGGUUUGGCGGUCCGAGCGGCAACCAAGGUGGCUUUGGCGGCGGCCAUGGCGGUGGAGGCGGUGGGAGAGGGCGCGGACGCGGCCGAGGAAAUUGGUAG